CGUGGUGCUGCGUGAGGGGCGAGCAGCGUGUUUCCGGUAAGAGCAACACAACAGUACCACUAAAAACCUUCCGGAGUAAUCAACGAGCGACGGGGAACACACGCGGCAAUGGAAUCCGAGUUUCGGGAAAUCGACGAGCUCGGGAACUGGACCGCCGUUUACCAGGAGAUCAGGCAGCAGUCCAGCGACCUACCAUGUAAGCUGGCCAAACUUCCAGAAAACAGAAGUCGUAAUCGCUACAGAGACGUCAGCCCAUUUGACCACAGCCGAAUUUGUCUACAGAUUGGCAAUAAUGACUACAUCAAUGCUAGUCUGAUCUCUGUUGAGGAAGCUCAGAGAAACUACAUACUAACUCAGGGCCCAUUACCAAACACCUGCGGCCAUUUCUGGGAGAUGGUGUGGGAACAGUGCUGCCGAGGGGUCGUGAUGCUGAAUCGUGUUAUAGAGAAAGGCUCCGUAAAGUGUGCUCAGUACUGGCCACAGCGAGAGGAGAGGGAUGCUGUUUUUAAGGACACAAACUUCAAACUCACUCUGAUCUCAGAGGAUGUGAAGUCGUACUACACAGUAAGACAGCUGGAGCUGGAGAAUCUGUCGACUCAUGAAACACGGGAGAUUCUUCAUUUCCACUAUACCACAUGGCCAGAUUUCGGUGUGCCUGAGUCACCCGCAUCUUUUCUCAACUUCCUGUUCAAAGUGCGUGAGUCAGGCUGUCUGAGCCCCGAGCACGGCCCUGUUGUGGUCCACUGCAGUGCGGGUAUCGGCCGCUCUGGAACGUUCUGCCUUGUAGACACCUGCCUUCUAUUGAUGUCUCAGAGGAAAGAUCCAUCGUCAGUACGUAUCCGAGAGGUUUUGUUGGAAAUGCGAAAAUACCGCAUGGGCCUAAUACAAACAGCUGAUCAGCUGCGUUUUUCUUACCUCGCUGUCAUAGAGGGUGCCAAAUACAUCAUGGGAGACACCUCUGUACAGGAGUCAUGGAAGGAGUUAUCGAAUGAGGAGGACCUCCCCCCUGAAUUUACUCCUCCUCCCAGGCCACGCCCCCCAAUAAACCCCCCUAAUGGCACAGGUGAAAUGGUGAACUCUGACCCCACACACUUCUUCGUUGAGACCGCAAAGGACAACAUAGAAAUCUGUGCAAACAGUGCACCUCAGACAUUCACAGAUGGUCCUGACCUUCGCAGACGGGCUGCUGCUGGAGAGGUUGGAGUAACAACAUUGCCAAGCGAGCAGCCUGUCAACCCCAUAAUUGCAACAGAAGCCCCUCCCAAACCAGCUCGGUCCCCUCCCAAGACUCCACCUGCAGAUGAUGCCCAUGGAGCAUGGAGCCCCCUGCUGGCCAACAUGUGUGUGUGCACAGCGCUGGUUUUAGCUUUUGUGUGUACCCCAAAGGUGACACUGGCACUUCAUCUGUCUGAGUCAAGAGAAAAUGUAAAAUGCUCAAGCAAGUGACUGAACUGUCCCCUCAAUCACUCAUUUGUUGCUGGAGAGACUUAUUCUGGCAUAUUGUUUUUCUUUCUUGGUCAAAUCUGUUUUCGCUUGGCCCAAAGGUUCAAAAUAUUUAAAAAAUAUUGGAGCUGGCAUCUUAAGUUUAGUUCCCUCCAAUUAAGAAGUUAUUUCUUUAUUUACUCACCCCUAUGUUGUUCCAAACCUGUAUGAAAAGACAUUCUGAAGAAUGUUGACAGUUUAUCAUUUUUGGGUAAACUAUCCCUUUAACCUCUGGAUGACUCAUUCAGGACAAAAAGUUAAAUCUUAUACAGCCUAUCGGCGGCUUUUCCAGAGGGCCAAUGCAAUAAAAGUAGCUGCGGGCAUUUCGUUUUUUUUGUCAAACCAGAGCUCAUUGCAGUCACUCUAUCUUUUGUUGGGCCACUGCCUUAUUAAACCAAAAUGUUUAAGUUUUGCAGCCUCUCUAUUGGCCCUCAUAUUCUGCAUUUGGUGGGUCUUUAGGGCUUCAGCAAUUGAGAGGAAGCAAGUUCACUUCUAUAAUUGCUUCAUGUAAGCAUAAUGCUUUAUUAUUUGUCAGGUCAAUUUAAGCACCAAUAGUGUGUGUGGCAAAGUCAGACCAGCAGGUGGCAGAAUUGAGAGUAAUGGAGAAUUUCGCUUGGGUUGGGGCUUGUGGGAAUGGCUUUGAAUUUAAAUUUCUGUUUCACUGUUUGUCUGCUGCAAUAUAGAUACAUUCAGAUUCUUGUGACCCAUUUCAGAAAACUUAAUGUAUGGUGUCUAGUGAGUGUCAAACUCACCAAAAUCCAAACACCAGCACUGAAUGAAUGAAAAAGAUCAGUGACCGUGAGCUGGCUUUGGGGUUUUAUUGGGUUUCUGUUUUAUUGCAUUAAUGUUUUUAUCACAGUAAUAAAUAUCCUGAGAGAUUAUACACAUUUGAUGAUUGUUCAUAAUGUUAAUUUGAUAAAAUUUAAUGUAAAAAUGUAUUUGUUGAAAUAACAUUGAUUAGUAAGUGCUGUAAAAGUAUUGUUCAUGUUAACUAAUAUGGUUAACAUGAUAAAAUAAUAUCUAAGAUCAAAUGAAGCCAUAUAUUAUAUAAUUCUUAUGUUGCUCCAAGCCUGUAUGACUUAAGUGGAACACAAAAGACGUUUUGAAGAAUGUUUCAACUGUUUUUGUCCAUUUAAUGAAUGUCAGUGAGGUCCAUUGUUGUUUUGGACCCCAUUGGCUUUCAUUGAAUGGACAAAAUGAUAAUAAAAACAUUGAGACAUGUUUCUUUUGCGUUCCACAGAAGAAAGAAAUGCAUGCAGUUUUGAUGCAACUUGAGGGUGAGUAAAUGAUGUCAGAAUCUUCAUUUUUGGAUGAACUCUCUUUAGGUUUAAUGGUGACAUGGCUAUUUGACUACUAGCUGACCAGUCCAGAAUGGUAAUUUUUGGGCCGUCGGGUAGUUUUCCUAUUUGUCGGUGGGGAUAAGCGGUUAACGCUCUGAAGCUCAUGUAAAAUUGGUGCCACCAUCCAUCGUAGUGACUUUCUGUCUCACUCCCAAAAUCAGGUCCAGUUGCUGGACCCACAGAAUGUAAAGUCUCUUCUUGCCAGCUUUAUUUACAUGCAUAUAUAGAGAAAUGUAUUUGUCGAUUUCCUUUUUGUCAUAUUCAGUUAUUUCUGGAUUGGAAGACAUGUGAAAGCAUCCUCUGUCUUUGUAUAUAAGGCUCCUUUUUCCCAUCAUCCUCUUGUUCUUUUUAAUGUUGAUUAUCUAUUUGUUUUUGUAAGUAAAGCGUAUUAUGCUUUGUUCUGGUUGGAUGUAUUGACAUUUGAAAUUUUAUUUUUGGACACAACUCAAAGCUGAUGCUGUGGUAAUAAACUUAUGCUUCU